CCAACGUAUGACCGCCAAACAGUGUCUGAACCACACGUGGUUGCGGGUGAGUGUCACGCCUACGCCUCCACCAGUUCCAGGUUUAGAUGAGAGCAAACUUUUUGAGAAAGGAAAGAAGAAGAAGAAGAACGAACAAUCACUCGAUAAGAAAAGGCUUAAGAAAUUUGUAAUACGAAGGCGAUGGCAGAAAGCCGUCAAUGCAAUUCUGGCACUUAAGAGAAUGGGAGCCUUAUUCUAUAAAUAG